UUGAACAGCCCUCUUUCUUCAAUUAUAUAGCUGUUGAAGUUUAUAGCAAACAGCCUGAGGAUGAUUUACUGUAGAGUGCCCUAUAUUUAACCCAUAUAUCCAGAAUGUGAGCUGCCUGUGGCACUGCUGCACAAAAUAACUGUUUUUAAUGCGUAAUGAACCCAUUCCUGCAUUCUCAAUGAAAAUCACAGGAAGGGCACCAGAGAUGGUGGAGGGAGGGACUGCCUCUUCACCUCACAGCGUCCCCAUCUCACGUUACCGAGCUGCAGUGAAGUGGCGGAGUCAGCACGGAGGCGACUGCGCCACUAAAGCCACCCUUCUCAUCCAAAGGUGAUAAAACUUAGCUCAGAGGCCCGCUAAACUCCUGCAACAUUUGGCAUCACACUAAAUUUCCUUUGAGUCCGAGUGCGCAAAACCAGUGGGCUGACUGACAAUGGGACGGGGCGGCGUGGCGCAGCUAUGCCCGGUCUGUCGGUGUUGUGAGUGAGUGACGGCGGCAGCUGCGGUGCUGGAAGAAGAAUCUUCUCAUGGGACUUGGCGGUUGAGAAGCGCCUGAUCUGGAGGCAACGUGAGGAGCGCACAUACCUCCAGAAAACGGACAACAAGACUCCCCCUCCUUUGCACGACAGCUGCCGCCGAGCUGAUACGAAUGAGCGCCGAUUGGUAAGAAAAGGCACCGGGAGAGAAGAAAUUAAUUCAUUCACGCAUCAGUGCCUUCAAAGCCAAAAGGCUCUGGGGGCAUAGUAUGGGAGCGCUAUGUUGUCCAGGAAAGGACUCAUUCCUGAGGAUUAUUUCCUGACACGUUUGGCUGAGGAUGAGCUGAGGACACCCAAGUUUAAGGCGAAACCGAGAAAAGCCCGGUUCGUCUCCAAGAACGGCACCUGCAAUGUGGCUCACACCAACAUCCGAGAACAGGGCCGAUUCUUGCAGGACGUCUUCACCACUCUGGUGGAUUUAAAAUGGUUACACACCAUCAUCAUUUUCACCAUGUCUUUCCUGUGCAGCUGGCUUCUUUUCGGGAUGGUCUGGUGGCUCGUCGCCUUUGCGCACGGCGACUUGGACCAGAACGGAGAAGACUUUGUCCCGUGCGUAACGGAAAUUGACUCAUUCGCUUCCGCUUUCCUCUUCUCCAUAGAGGUCCAGGUGACCAUCGGCUUCGGGGGGAGGAUGAUCACGGAGGAGUGCAUCUCCGCCAUCAUCAUCCUGAUUGUGCAGAACAUCGUUGGGCUGGUCAUCAACGCCAUCAUGCUCGGAUGCAUCUUCAUGAAAACUGCGCAAGCGAACCGGCGCGCAGAGACGCUCAUUUUCAGCAAGCAUGCCGUCAUCUCCGUCCGAAACAACAAGCUCUGCUUCAUGAUCCGCAUCGGGGACCUGAGGAAAAGUAUGAUCAUCAGCGCCUCCGUGCGGAUGCAGGUGGUUAGGAGAUCCACCACCGAGGAGGGAGAGGUGAUACCUCUGGACCAGAUCGACAUCCACAUGGAUAACCCGGUGGGCACCAACGGCAUCUUCCUGGUUUCCCCCCUCAUCAUCUGCCACGUGAUCGACAAGGGCAGCCCUCUGUAUGAGCUAUCCUCCACCAACCUGCAGCACGAGGACAUAGAGGUGGUCGUGGUGCUGGAGGGGGUGGUGGAGACCACCGGCAUCACCACUCAGGCCAGGACCUCCUACGUGUCGGAGGAGAUCCUGUGGGGGCAGCGCUUCGUACCCACCGUGUCCGAAGAGGAUGGCAUGUACGCGGUAGACUACUCCAAGUUCGGCAACACCAUGAAGGUACCGACGCCUUGCUGCAGCGCAAAGAGACUGGAUGAGGCGGGAGGCAUCGCUCGCUUUAAACUGACCGAGGGCGUCACCUUGCGGGCGUCUGUGGCAAGGCGGCGGGGGUCCAAGGCGGCCCGGCGCUCCAGGCUGGACACCUAGAGAACUGAUGAUCUGUGUAAACAUGUCUGCCAGCAUUUUGUAUGAGAAUGAAUGAAGAAUAAUUAUUAAGUUAUGAUGAUUAUUAAAUGACAAAAAUCAUAUUUAUUAAUAAUAGACUACAUUAUGGGAUGUCUUGUUAUAUUUCACCAUGCAGUCAAACGCAUAAACACAUCAACGUGCUGUUUACUCAGGGUCAGUGUGGAAAUGCACAGAUAAGAAUGCACUGAGGUUUAUGAGAUGUGACUGUUAAUCAGACUGAUGAGUCCUGAUAUCUAGAAUGAAGACAAAGAAGUUUGGAUGUUUAAUCUUUUUUUCUACACACAAUUCUAUUUAUGUUUAAUUGUGACAGCAUGCAAAACAAUCCGAAGAAAUAAAGGAGAAAGCUUCACGUAAAGUGUGUUGUGGAUGGACAAACGAGAUUUAAAGGUGCACAAUUUAGUAUUGCACUUCAUUAAAGUCCAAUAUCAAUAUUUCAUUCAAAAAAGUCUGGUGAUAUUAUUGCCUAAUAGUUCU